CAAACGUGGAUUCCCCACUGGUGAAUGAGAGAAACAGUGAGGACGACAAACUGGAGGAAGAAAAGGACAGCGGGGUCAUGGAGGCCGAGGUGGACGAGGACGACGGGACGUUCACCAACAUCUCGCUGAAGGACGACACAGUGGACGGCGGAUCUGCAGCCCUGUAUACUAAACAGGACGAGUGCUUCAUUAUGAACUGCGACAUAGAUGGGGACCUGGAGAACCAGGUGGAGAUGGAAGAGAAGACGAGGCUCAUAAAUCAAGUUUUGGAACUUCAGCACACACUGGAAGAUCUGUCGGCGCGAGUGGACACAGUCAAGGAGGAGAACCUUAAAUUGAAGUCUGAGAACCAGGUGCUCGGUCAGUACAUCGAGAACCUCAUGUCCGCCUCCAGCGUCUUCCAGACCACAGACACCAAGAGCAAACGGAAGUGAGGUUCCCUCGGGAACGGCACCUGGGAGUUGAGGCUGCCACGCAGACACAGAGAGGGCUUCUGCUUUCUCAGCACACAGAGGCCAAACCUUUGGUGCAGUGCUCCGUGUCUGCUGACCGAAGGCGGUCCGUCCCUGAUCUGCUUUGCAGCAGCUUUUUCGGCACUGUGCAGACGAGGUACACAUCGCCCUUUAACCAUCAGAGCUCAACAAUAACAACACCUGGACUGUGUAUAAUAUGUAAAAUAUAUGAAGUGGUUAAAUAUAAUUCAUGCUUCAAGUUUUCGCUCAACGUUUCACCAUCGUAUCUGUAAACUAGUUCGUCUAGUUUGUCUUAAAUACUUGAAAUGUUUUUCUCUGUUUGUGUCAAAUUCCAACUGACUUAGACUAAAUGCUAAACAUACAGUAUAACCAUGAGCUUGUUAAAAUAUUAUUUAUUUUUUUAAAGUGUUUUUUUUUUUUUUUACGUCGGCUGUAUUUUUUUUGUUCUAGGAUGUCGUAUCUAUACAGUGCAUGAUUGCAUUCAUCCUCAUAAAAAAUAAUCAAACAGCAGUAUUACGCAGUGAAAGACCCUUGCAUGGUGACUGAUAAGAAUGAAGAAACUUCAGUGCUUUUUGUUUGAAACUUUUUUUUCUUAUUGAAUGAAAUGUCAUUAAAUCAAUACGGAAUUGCAGCCUGCAGACAGUGAAGCAACUGAAAACUCUUCCACUGUGGGGGCGGACGCUAAUACAUACUGUACAGUUCCCACCGAGCGCUCGCCAACAACGUGCAAUUAUGUCUUUAUAUAACUGGACAUUCACCAAGAUUUUAUUUUAGCUUUUAAUCACUGUGUAUUAGAGGUGAGGGCAAGUAAACAAUAUGUCAUAGUGCAGAAAAUCAGCUUUAAUUUCAGGCUAAUUGCAUUUAAAUCCGACACACUAUUGGAAUUACAGCAGUGUGUGUGUGUUGGGGAGCUUGAUUUUAAGAGAUGAAACAUUUUCUAACUUCAGUCUAUGCUGGUGACUUCUGGCAACUGGUGACCUGCUUCAGAUUGAACAUUUCUUCCUCCAGUCACAACCACUGAAGGCUUUUAGUCCUUGUGAUUGCCUUGGCGGAUUCCUUCACUUGUCACGCUGUUGUAUGCUCACUCAGGUUUUUUUUUUUUUUUUGAAGGAUUUAUCAUAUUGGUUUUUGGGAAUAUUCAAGGGUUCAGAUCAAUUUUUAUCCACCCAGUUCUCAGUUAACGGGGAAGUUCUACAAUUUUCAAUCUGGCCUCUAUUUUCAGAUGUUAUUUGGUUCAUGUUUUCACUCUGAGGGUCUCGACACACCCUCCUCAUUGGGAAAUGACUUGUCAUGACUCAGUGGAAAGCAGUACUACAUGAAGACUGGGAGGCUAAGGUAAGCAGUAACUAUAAUUGGUCGCUGUAGAAAGUAACUUUACAUUUGGUGAGGUAGGCAUGCACACGUUUAUCUCUGCAGGGAUCCUCUCCGCAUUUUGGCCUGUUCAGUGGUGACAAGAAAUGGUUUACUGUGGUUUUAACUUAGGGUUUAUUGUGCUAAUACAUUAUAUAGCUAAUUAGUAUGUGGUGGUGUUUGUCAUCUAAAUCAGUACCCUCCCUAUUAAUUCUUUGUUCCCCCCAGUGUAAAGAUGAAACACACAACUUCUAAAAAUAGACCCAGGUUUUAAUAAUGAGA